GGUUCUGAUCUCGCGCAUGUCAGGCCCUCUACGGUAUUUUUAGUAAAUUUUUGUAAGUGGUCAUGUCCACGACACUUUUGCCCGCGCUUUCGUAGUAAUAAGUUCGCAUUCGAAUCGAGAUUAGCCGUUGAUCUCGAUACGCGAAUAUUUUCAAUCACGUAUCGUUCGUGAAGCGGUUAGUGUGAAGCACGAAGGGUCAAGUCAGAACGCUGUCAAAGAAAUUAGCUACCGUUUUCGCACCCUCUUUACGUUGUACAGUGCGCUCUCCUAUGUUGAACUAAUUGGUGGGCGUUCGAGCGUUAAUACCCUCGGCCAGUUGACCAGCUCGCCCAUUUCUACGAGGAUACUUGACGAUGGAGGUAUUAAUGCACGAGGCGAGCAACGGCCAAGAGACGCCCGGCGGCGAACAGAUUUAUAACCCCUCUAAACAGCCGGUCAAAGAGAAGCAAGAUAAUGCACAGAACAACGGCACCACUCGUUUCAUGCAAACCGACGCCGCGGACACUGUUGACAUUAUGUUCGAGAACAUCAGUUACAAGGUGUCCCUAGGUUACAGGAAAGGUGAAAAAGAAAUAUUACAUAAAAUCAACGGAAGGCUUCCAGCGAGACACCUAAUUGCCUUAAUGGGCCCUUCCGGAGCGGGGAAAUCAACUUUACUCGAUGUCCUGUCGGGAUUCAGGAUAACUGGGGUCUCUGGCAACGUGUACGUUAAUGGACGACCUCGGCAAUUAAAUUCCUUUCGAAAGUGCAGUGCGUACAUCACGCAAGAUGAUCGUUUGGAGCCUCUGCUAACGACUAUCGAGAACAUGAGAGUCGCAGCUGACCUCAAGUUGCCCACAAGUAUUCCCAGAUAUGAAAAGGAAACAAUAAUCGAGGAGAUACUCGUUACACUAGGCCUGUACGAACACAUAAACACACGGGCGGAAAAAUUAAGCGGCGGCCAAAGAAAGAAGCUUUCUAUCGCUCUCGAGUUGGUUAAUAACCCGACCGUUAUGUUCCUUGAUGAACCAACGACAGGCCUGGACAGCUCUUCUUGCAUGCAAGUGGUGAACUUGAUGAAGCUGAUCGCACGACAGGGAAGAACAAUCAUUUGCACGAUUCAUCAACCUAGCGCCUCUAUCUUCCAGCUUUUUGAUUUGGCUUACGUAUUAUCUAACGGAAAAUGUCUGUACCAUGGCACAACCCAGCAAUUAAUUCCUUACUUGGAGAGUAUCAAAAUACCAUGUCCAAUGUACCACAAUCCAGCCGAUUACGUGAUCGAAUUAGCUUGUGGAGAAUACGGAGAAGAUAAAAUACCCUUACUGUUGUCUGCUUCUGAAAAUGGCAAGACUUUACGGUGGUUCGACAAUUCUGAGAGUCUCGUCGAUACCAGGAGCUUGAAAGCUGCGCAUCCUGUUACGAACAAGUCGCAAAAAAGUGAUAAAGGUAGCUUGCAAGCGACAUCCGUAAUGCAUCAAAUAAAAAUCUUACUGGGAAGAUAUUUUGUGAUGUGCAAAAGAGACACGACUUUAACGCACUUACGGAUAAUAGUCAACAUAUUCGUCGGUCUUAUCCUCAGUUCAGUUUUCGUUGAAAUCGGUUCAGACGGUUCCAGAGUUUUGGAUAACUAUAAUCUUCUCUUUUCUAUUCUUGUACAUCAAGUGAUGACCACAAUGAUGCUCACUGUAGUUACUUUUCCUAUGCAAAUGAAUAUUCUGUUAAAAGAACAUUUUAACAGAUGGUACAGUCUGAAGGCGUUUUAUACAGCUACAACAUUAAUCGACAUUCCAAUUUCCGUAUUUUGCUGUUUACUCUUUACUUCGAUAGUAUAUUUUAUCACUGCACAACCAUUAGAAAUGACACGUUUUGCAAUGUUCUUUGCAAUUAACAUAUUGACAGUUUUCAUUGGACAAGGAAUGGGUCUUAUGAUCGGAGCAGCAUUUAACGUAGUUAAUGGGACGUUCCUGGGACCAACUUUGUUCGUACCAUUAAUGAUGUUCUCAGGAUAUGGUGUAUCUUUACGCGAUGUUCCAAGUUACCUUCAAUGGGGCACAUACAUCAGUUGUUUACGAUACGCUUUAGAAGGAUUCGUCGGUGCUUUAUAUGGAUAUGAUCGGCCAGUGUUAACUUGCAAAAAACACGUCGGGUAUUGUCAUUACAAAUACCCAUCGAAAUUCCUGUCGGAUAUUGCCAUGGCCGGUGAUCAAUUCUGGAACGACAUCGUGGCGCUGAUCGCGAUACUUAUUAUAACACGGUGUGCAGCUUAUCUUCUUCUUAAAUGGAAGAUCGUAUCCGUACGAUAAGUCGAUGAUUAGAUUUGUACAAUUCUUCGAAUUUCACAAAGGAAUAAUUUUGCAUUUUUUUCACAUGAUUAGCAGAUACUUUAAAAGUAAAAAGCUAUACGAGAAAGAUAUAUGUAUAUUCACAUUUUACCUGCCUUCGUGGAUACAGGGUAUAAAACUGAAAUAGAAUUAGACAAAAUAUAGGAACUUAUUUCUAUGUGUAGUACUGACUGAAGAAUGAAAAUGUGAAUAUGUAUAAACACAUAUAUCCAAGAUUACAGAAAGAAUAGAUCUACGUUAAAUAUGUAGCGUGAUUUAAUUUUUUCUUUGAUAAUUAAUAUGUUGUAGAGGAUCUUGGAUGUUUGAGUUAACCUUUUACGGUUGAAUUUUUUUAUAAAAUUAAUAGAUUGGCUGUAGAAGGUUAAAUGAAAGGGAACGUUCGAUGAAAUCGAACUGACAUUACUCCUGAAUGAUAACUUUCAAAGUGAUAUUUAUGAAUUGCUCAAGAAAAGUCAAUCAUCAAUGCACACGUCUCUUUUUGUAUCUUAAGCUUACGAAACAAAGAUUCUACUGUUCAUAGUUAUCAAGUACGUAUGUAUGUAAGAAUUUUUUUAUUAAUUUUUAAUUACGUUCUUAUCGUAUUUAUAUUUAUGGGACCAAGAACGUUGUUACUUAGUUUUACAAAGUUUCGACAUUUUUCCGCGUCACUCAUGUAUUUAUCUUACAAAAUACGACGUACGAAAUGUGGAGUCAUUACCAGUCGAUUAACACAGUAAGUUUAUUCAAGAAACGAAAGUCUGAAGAAUCAGAACUUGAUCAACUUUGUCGUCGAUCUGUUUCUAGAAAAAUAUCUUCACAAAUAAGCAAUAAUAAUUUUAAUUACAGUCAGAUUAAUAGACUGUCUAUGUUCUUACAUUCUUAGUAUUGAACAAUGCAAAAAUUUUGUACUUUUGGAAACAGUUUGAACUUGAAGGCAAUGUGUCAUGAUGGACGUUUAUAAAACUAUGUUUAUGCAACUUAGGAUAACUCUUUAUUAUAAAUGCUAAUUAACUUUUGAUAGUAUUUUACUGUAUUUUUUCAGUCGCCGGAAAUACAUUAUCACCUCUAAUAAUUAGUUUAGCAAUGAAAUCAGUAAAAAAUAUUUGAAUGUUAAUGUGAAGUUGAUACAUAUAUUAUAAAAGAUACACGUUAUCAAUUUAUAUAAGAACUGAUAAAGUCUAUCGCAACACGUGCGUCUAUUAAAUCGCGGAAUAGAUUGCUCAGUUCUGUGAAAGUAUUUUUCACUGAUAAUUUAUAAUUCAAGUUGACAGUGCCCCCACUGGAAUUUGUGAAACUUUCAACAAAAUCCGACACUAUCGACUAUUACAUUAGAAUUAUAAACGUUUGAAACUAAAAAAAUGUCUAUUAAAAAUUUUCUGUUUAUCUGAUGCUAACACUGCCAAGUUGCAACUGUGACUCCAAACUGACAAUUGAAGAAGUUCUCUAUAUUUAAAAAUAAGAACUUAAAUUUAUUUGUAAGAUUCAAAACGUAAAUAGUUUGUUAAUAUUUUUAUAAUAUUGUAUAUGCUCGUGUACAAAGCGAGAUUUAAAAUAUGUAAUAGAUUAUUAUUAUUUAUAACUCUAUACCUGUAGUCGAGUAACUUAUAACAAAAAAACGCGUGUAAAUAUUUUUCUACCAGCUCUCAAAGAUUGCAUACAUUCAUAUGUAUUGUUUAAAAUAAAACAAAACUUUUACAUUUA